AUGGAUGAUUACAUCACUUAUCUUAGUAACCUUGCCAAAGAACUUUACGGAUGCUUGUCCCCUACAGAACCCCAGAAUUUACUCACUGAGAAGAAACCAAAGAUCCGAUCCAUACCAGAGACACAAAAAACCCAGUUACACCAGGAUUUACUGCUGGGCAAUACAGCAAAAUUGAUGUCACCAAAUUACUUGGUAAAAUACAUGUUCCAAACACUGAAUCAGAGAAGAGAAAGAUUACGUCAACUGCGUCAGUCACCAUGCAAGGUCAGGGAGUUCAAUGUACGGGGUGUUUAUAAAGAAUACCAAGUAUCACUAAAUCAAUCAGACAGACUUUGGAUCAGUGACAAUGCUGGUUAUCUUGUCCAAAUAGAUCUACAGCGGGAUGUGAUACAGAAGUUACAGACCAGUGGUAAAAAAGGGUAUCAUACACUAACUCAAGACGGGAAUCUGAUCUUUACAGACAGAAACAAAAAUGUCAUCAACAGGAUAACAUAG